AAGUUGUUGUGCCGAUAAAGCAAUCUGUGGCAGUAAUCAAUUCCUAUGAAUGCUUAGCAUAAAGCACAUGCUCCGUAUCUCGGUAUCUUCCUCCAGUGCACACAGUAUUUUUGAACUAGUUUCAACAAUAGUCCUGCUUCACUCUGUUUCCAUUUCUCAAACUCUGCAACUAUGGAGAGUGCAAUUGCAUUGACACGAUUUUACCAUCCAUUACUUACUGGGAGUUACUCUCAUCACCUUAGAUCAUUGUCACUUUUCAAUUCAACACCUAUCUUUCCCAAAUUGUCAUCCGUCAAAUACCCUUUUGCGACAAUUUCACCUGCUCGUUUCAUUGUCACGGCCUCCUCUUCACCGUUAUCUCCUUCUACAACAGUUGCCGAAUCCCAGGGACUCGAGCAGAUUAAAUCUGUUCCUACAAAGCCUAUUGAAGGUCAAAAGACCGGAACUAGUGGUCUACGCAAAAAGGUUAAAGUGUUUAUGCAGGAAAAUUACCUUGCAAAUUGGAUACAGGCAUUGUUUAAUUCUUUGCCACCAGAGGAUUUUAAGAAUGGAUUGUUAGUCUUAGGAGGCGAUGGUCGAUAUUUCAAUAAAGAAGCUUCACAGAUAAUCAUUAAAAUUGCUGCGGGUAAUGGUGUUGGUAAAAUAUUGGUUGGCAAGGAUGGUAUAAUGUCCACACCAGCUGUAUCUGCUGUUAUACGGAAGAGAGAGGCAAAUGGUGGCUUUAUAAUGAGUGCAAGCCAUAACCCUGGUGGUCCUGAUUAUGAUUGGGGUAUCAAGUUCAAUUACAGCAGUGGCCAACCAGCACCUGAGUCUAUCACAGACAAGAUCUAUGGAAACACCCUUUCUAUUUCUGAAAUAAAAAUUGCCGACAUUCCUGAUGUUGAUCUUUCUCAACUUGGAGUCACAAAAUAUGGAAAUUUUAGUGUGGAGGUGGUUGACCCUGUGGCUGAUUAUUUGGAGCUAAUGGAGAAUGUAUUUGAUUUUUCGCUCAUUAGAAGUCUUAUUUCGCGACCAGAUUUCAGGUUUACAUUUGAUGCCAUGCAUGCAGUUACAGGGGCUUAUGCAAAGCCCAUUUUUGUUGACAAACUAGGAGCUAGCCUGGAGUCUAUUGCAAAUGGAGAGCCACUGGAAGAUUUUGGGCAUGGUCAUCCAGACCCUAACCUUACAUAUGCCAAGGAUUUGGUGAAUAUCCUGUAUGGCGAGAAUGGACCCGACUUUGGUGCUGCAAGUGAUGGGGAUGGUGAUAGAAACAUGAUUCUUGGAAGACGCUUUUUUGUUACUCCAUCUGAUUCUGUUGCAAUUAUUGCUGCCAAUGCCCAAGAUGCUAUUCCAUAUUUUCAGUCCGGGCCUAAGGGUUUAGCUCGAUCGAUGCCCACUAGUGGUUCUUUGGAUCGUGUUGCUCAAAAGCUAAACCUCCCCUUUUAUGAGGUGCCAACUGGGUGGAAAUUCUUUAGUAAUCUAAUGGAUGCUGGAAAAUUGUCAAUUUGUGGUGAGGAAAGUUUUGGGACUGGUUCUGACCACAUCCGUGAAAAAGAUGGUAUAUGGGCUGUUUUAGCUUGGCUUUCAAUACUUGCAAAUCGAAACAAGGACAAAAGAUCAGGGGAGAAAUUGGUUUCCGUUGCUGAUGUUGUGACGGAGCACUGGGCCACUUAUGGAAGGAAUUUUUUUUCGAGAUAUGACUAUGAGGAAUGUGAAUCAGAAGGAGCAAAUAAGAUGAUAGAGUAUCUUCGGGAUUUGAUUUCUAAAAGCAAGGCCGGUGAUAAGUUUGGUUCUCUUGUAGGAAGUUAUGUCCUGGAUUUUGCUGAUGACUUCACCUAUACUGAUCCUGUUGAUGAAAGUGUCGCAUCCAAACAGGGAGUUCGCGUUGUUUUCAGUGACGGGUCCCGGAUCAUCUUUCGACUAUCGGGUACUGGUUCUGCUGGUGCAACAGUUAGAAUAUAUAUUGAACAAUUUGAGCUGGAUGUAUCCAAACACGACAUGGAUGCUCAAAUUGCGUUGAAACCAUUGAUAGAUCUAGCUCUUUCUGUAUCAAAACUAAAGGACUUCACAGGAAGAGAAAAGCCAACUGUCAUCACAUAAAGGCAUAGAUAUCUGCAACUACUAUUGCUUAGUUGGGAGCCUUAGCAGGUUGGAUGCUUCCUUUGUUCCUGAAUUUUACAUGAUAUAUGGUUCGUCCUUGUUUGGCUGCAUGUAGACAGUCUUCUGGGACCAGAAAUUAGAAUCAUGUAAAUUAUCCCAUGAAAACUAAAACAUAUGACUGGAGUACCUAAUCAAUAGAAAGCUGCUGCACUAUAUUUUAAUUUCUUUCUAGAAUUUUUUUUUAUUUUUUUUAUUUUUAUAAAUUUGUUACAGUCAA